GCUCUCCGCUUCUAAUCAGCACAGCCAUCCAGUUUGAAGUGAAACUCCAGGUGGAAGGAUCGCUGCUCCUCGGUUCAUCCAGAGGAGGAAUACCAGGAAAGGAUUCCGCAUGGGAUUACGUUUUUAACGCGGACCGGAUUAUAUUACCUCCUCAGGUGGAGCAGUAAUUCAAGAACAUCUGGCUGAGCUGCUGAACCAGAACAUCAUUCAUCAUGAUCAGAUCCAUUACUGUCAUCUUCUACGCGUUCCUCUUGUCUUGGGCAUGCUGGGCCAAGCCUAAUGGAUCAAAGAGCAAGAAACCAAAGCAAGUUGUUCCUGAUAUAGAGUGUGACGUCCGAGCAGGGAAGAUUAACCUUCCAGAGUUCAUUGCCAAGUGUCCAGCACACUGUAAAGAAACCAAGCAGCAGGUCUACGGGACAGGCGUCUUCGCCUCCAUCUCCAGCAUCUGCAAUGCAGCCAUCCAUAGUGGAGUCAUCACAAACGCAGGGGGGAAAGUAAUUGUGAGGAAGAUGGCCGGGCAGAACGUCUACAAAGGCAGCAACUCCAACGGGGUGCGGUCACUGUCCUUACCCAAGUGGAGGGAGUCAUUUGUGGUCUCAGUUGGGAAACCAAAGAAAGGUGUCAUCUACCCAUCCACUCUGGACUACGCUCCUUCAAGACCAACCUAUGUGAAGACAGGUUCAAAGGACACCAAAUUAGCUGCGUUCACGACGCUGCCGCCAACAACAGCACCUGAAGCCACCACAACGACCCCUGAACCGACAACCACAACUGCUCCCACCACCACCACCACUAUGCCUCCGCCACCACCCACAACCACCAAAGCCCGGGCCGCAGUGCAUAAAAUCAGGGACGCAGGCAGCAGUCACCCGUACCUUGCCCAUGUGGCUGCCGCAAGUUCAAGACAGUCACAGAGUGCCCAAGGAAAGAGUCCAAGCCAAGUGUUCAGAGGUAGCUCCUACCCAAACAGGUAUCCACAGCGGGCCAGCGCAGGUUUGCGCCGGCCAGAGGCGGGCUCAGCCAUCAGGAGGCAACCAUCCUCUCCAGUCGGCCCAGCUCUUAACAGGGCUCCACCCGAGCGGACCCCGACAACGAGCCAGUCGAAUUCUGCUUUCCCCAGGAGAGACUGGCCACCCUCUUCUUACUCUCGCCCUGACUGGUUCCCAGGAGCUCGACGACCAGCAGAUGUUAGCUAUGCAGUUCCAGACUCAGGAUACGCAUGGAGUGAGACAGAAACACCUGAGAUGCCAGCUCGGGAUCUCAGGCCUGAUAUCUCAGAGUAUGAACGCUGGCUUUAUAGCUUUGGACCAUACCCCCCUCGCUCCACUGACUUAGAUGGCAGCCACAAAAUGCCCCUGCAUUUACCCCAAGGCAAAGUGGAGCCAGUAGAUGCCUGGAAACAGGAUGCAAACCCCUAUGAAUCAGGUUUUAGCUUGAGAGAACCAGAGGCGCUACCCAGAGCACCUGAACCCCCUGCAUCACAAGGAGACCCAAAUUGUAAGGUUGAUCUUGCCUUCCUGAUGGAUGGCAGCUGGAGCAUUGGGAAGCGGCGUUUUAAGAUCCAAAAAGACUUUCUGGCUGAGGUGGCUCAGGUCAUCAACGUAGGCAUGGCUGGACCAAUGAUGGGCAUCAUCCAAUACGGUGACGAGCCUGUGACGGAGAUCAGUCUGAGGGCCCACUCCAGCUCCAAGGACGUGAAGUCGGCCAUAGAUAAGAUUGUGCAGAAGGGCGGCAUGUCCAACGUGGGAAAGGCCCUCUCCUACAUCAACAAACAGUACUUCAGUGAUGCAAAUGGGAAUCGUGGAGGGGCUCCUAACGUAGCGGUGGUGCUUGUGGAUGGCUGGCCCACAGACAAGGUGGAGGAGGCUUCUCGACUCGCCCGAGAAUCCGGCAUUAACAUCUUCUUCGUCACCAUCGAGGGGCCUGAUGAGAAUGAGAAACAAAAUCUGGUUGAGGCCAACUUUGUUGACAAGGCUGUGUGCCGGACAAAUGGCUUCUUCUCCCUUCCCGUGAACAGCUGGUUCGCCUUGAGAAAGGCUGUGCAGCCGCUGGUGAAGCGGGUGUGCGACACGGACCGCCUGGUGUGCAGCAAGACCUGCCUCAACGCCAACGACAUCGCCUUCGUGAUCGACGGCUCCAGCAGCGUGGGGACGGGCAACUUCCGCACGGUGCUCCAGUUCGUGGCCAACGUCACGCGGGAGUUUGAGAUCUCGGACACGGACACGCGGGUGGGAGCUGUGCAGUACACCUACGAGCAGAGGCUGGAGUUCGCCUUCGGGCAGUACAACAACAAGGCCGAGCUGCUGAACGCCAUAAAGCGCAUCAACUACUGGAGCGGCGGGACCAGCACCGGGGCCGCCAUCACCUUCGCGGCAGAGCAGCUCUUCAGCAAAUCCAAACCCAACAAACGCAAGAUCAUGAUCGUCAUUACAGAUGGACGCUCGUACGAUGACGUCAGGGCGCCUGCGCUGGCCGUCCAUCGCCAAGGUGUGAUCGCCUACUCCAUCGGUAUCGCGUGGGCCGCCCAGGAUGAGCUGGAGUACAUCGCCACUGACCCCGACAAAGAGCACUCCUUCUUCGUGGACGAGUUUGACAACCUCUACAAAUACGUCACCAAGAUCAUCCACAACAUCUGCCAGGAGUUCAACUCUCAGCCCAGGAACUGAGGUCAUCAGUGCGACGGAGGGGGAGGAGCAUGUCGGAUCAGGGCCGUUUUUAUCAGAACGCUGACCGCAAACGUUCUCACCCUGCGGCCCCACAGAUGGCGUCUCCAGGUGGGCUGCAGGCACACACAGAUGUAGAGGCUAGAAUUUACACUUCCAGUGAAAAGCUUACAGACACUCAUCACGGGUACGAAAGUCACAUCAAUUUGGGUCUUUUAAUGAGUUUAUAUGAGCCAGAGUUUCACAGGGAACCGAUUUGACAUCAAGUCACAUCAGUGAAUUUCAAACGUAAGAAUUGAAUGCACGUGUUUGAAUAUAAUGUGGAUGUUUUCCAUUCUAGUCUUGGUCAUCAAAAUUAUACGCAAAAGUUAAAAUACAUAUACUUCCAACAACAUUUGAUAGCUGCAUGACAGCGGCAUGCUUACUAUAGCCAACAAUAAGCUUCUGUAGAAGUUGUGGCUGAAUAUUUGCAGAAUCGGUAGAGUUAAUUUCAUUUGGAUGGUUUUCUGGUUUUCAUCAAAGUUGUGGUCGAGGCUGGAGCUAGUCCAGACACUCAGUGAUUGAAUUAUUUCCAAAACCAGUUUUAAUGUGUGUUUAACUGCCACAGCUUGAACAUUAAUUCAGUACCAGUUUCUCAUUUUAACUGGGAAGUUUCUUGUUAAAACUAGAAAAUAUUCCCGUUCUUACACAUGCAAAACUCAUCAAAACAAGAAACUUUGACGUUAUAAUGAGAGAAAUUGUAUGUCUCGUUAUUACGGCAAAAUUUCUCCUGAGUUUUAUAUGUUGUGCUAACAGGAAGAAUAUGGUCCCCUGCAGUCUGUCGACCGCGGCUUGUUAAAACUCACUCUGUUUCUUCUACAGCAUUCAAAAAUCCCAAGAGGUGUGGCUGUUUUACUAUUAUGACCUUUUUGUAUUUAAAAGAGGAUACAUUUUGGUUUUAAUAAGAUCACUGGUUAUAACAAGUUUUUUUUUAUUAAUUAGUUGUCAAAUAUCCAGCCAGAAUUAAGCAGAAGCCUGAUUAUGGUUUAAAAAGCAAUCACACAAGUUCAAUUCUCUCAAAAAAAACAUAUUUGAGGCGGUAUGUAUAUAAAACAUUUUAACCCUUAACAAGUUUUAUAACCUAACUCCUGCUCUUGAAAUUCCUUGACAUUCUUUGUUGUGAGAACGAUUCAAACUCGUCUCUAAAGGCACAAAAUAAUCCCACGUUCAUUCUAACGAUGAGUUUUUGUAAACUUUUUCUUGUAACUGUAUUUGACCAUGGCUUUGAAGAUAAAUUAAAAAAUGUAUCAACACAGUAAAUUCUCAUGAAAAGCUUUAGCAUUGCACCAUUUGUUGGUGCCACAAACAACAACACUGUCAACUCUUUGGGUGGCCAGUUUGUGUGAUUUCCCUCGCACAAAAUGUAGGUCAUUUCUUAACAAGUUUAUCAACAGAAACUGAAACAAAACAGAAAGCUACAAUGAUAUACUGCAGUCACAACGCAACUCUUUUUGUGCGUUACUAGAAAGUGAUUCCAACAGAAUAACCUUUGCGGACAUAUGCAGGUUUAACACAUUCCUAACAUUUCCUCUAAUGGCUUCGUAUAUUUCAUAAACUUGUUAACAUGGUGCUUUCAUAUGAUUACCUGUGAAGAGGAUCCUCUUUCUCAGCUGAGGCAUUUUGAUCUUCCUAACAGGAGAUGUAAUCUGAGUUCAAGUCAGAGACUAUGGUGCUGUUUAUCUAAUUUUUAUGUGGGUGUAAAAGCAAACCACCAGCAUGGAUGCAGACUUCUGUGAAACGUGGGGUUGUUUUAUGCAGUUUAUUUCAUCCCUUUCUGUAUUGUAAUAGCGAGCGGCUCCUAAUAUACCAAGCAUUUUGAAGUUUUAAGAGUAUUUAUGAUUUUUUUUUUUUUUUGCCUUUGUUUUCCUGUUUGUACAUAUGCUUAUUAAAAUGCUUUGCUUGUCAUGUUCACAUAAUUGAUCAUUUUUUGUUUUUAAUAAAACAAAUGAACAGAA